AUGGGGACCGGGUGCUUCCGGCAGCUGUGGCUCCUGCUAACAGUGGGGACAGCUUUGUACGGCUCAGCCUCUUCUAAGCCCGAAGAACAUUCAUUUCUCAUUCUACAUGUGCAAUCGAGCAAGUGCCUUCAAGUAGACAAUGACCAGAUUAAGCUGGACAGCUGUUCAGACACUAGUAACAGAGGACUGUGGCAAUGGGGCUCCAGUCAUCGACUCUACAGUGUUGAGUCUAAAAAGUGCCUUGGACUAGACCUUUCUAAAUCCCAAGAACCUUUAAAACUUGUCCCUUGUGACUCGAAACUUAUGCUGUGGUGGCGAUGUAGUGGUGGACACGUGCAUGGGGCUUCCAGAUAUGGACUUGGUGUAAAGAAUGGAACAGUGGCUGCAGUCUUACAGUCCCCUGAUGAAUGGAAGGUGAAUGGCACAUCGAAGAACAUCUGUGAGGCUCCGUACCAUGUUGUGUACACUACCGGGGGAAACUCCUAUGGAAAGCCCUGCGAAUUUCCAUUUUUAUUAAAUGGGACUUGGUACCAUGACUGCGCCUAUAACACCACAGAAGAUCGCGAGUGGUGCUCCAGCUCUGGAAACUUUGACACUGAUGGGAAAUGGGGAAACUGUUUGAAGCCAGUGAGCGAUUGUAGUCGCACUUGGAUGCAAAACUCCUCACUGCAGCAUUGCUACCAGUUCAAUGACCGGUCAAGCCUCAAGUGGAAGGAGGCUUAUAUGUCUUGUAAAAGCCAGGGGGCUGAUUUACUCAGCAUAACCAGUGAGGAAGAGCUGAAUUUUAUCACAGAAAAAUAGAAUCUUCCUGAUUUUAUAUGGAUGGGACUUAAUCGCUUAGAGAGCUCUAGUGGAUGGCAGUGGUCUGAUAAUAGCCCCUUGAAUUUCGUCAACUGGGAUGAAGGUAUAACGGCCUUUUCAGUUCUGGAUGGCUCCAGUUGUGGGAGGAUAAAUGUGAACACCAGAACAUGGGAUGUCUUCCCUUGUGAAGCCUCAUUGCCCUAUAUCUGUGAGAAGCCAAUAAGCAGCUCAGCAGAUGUCUCUUCCGAUUAUUGGCAUUACUCAGAGACUACAUGUGAAGGAAACUGGACAGCCUACAAUGGAUUUUGCUACUUCUUGCAGCAGCCAGAUAGUUGGGAAGAUGCUGAACUUUCCUGCCACAAGGAAAAUGGAAGUUUGAUCAGCCUGCACUCUCUUGCAGAUAUCGAGUUAGUGGUUACAAAGCUUCAGAGCGAAAGUGAAAAUAUUUGGUCAGGAUUUCAGAGCAAUUCUAUCCCCCAUCUGUUUAAAUGGUCCGAUGGAACAGAAACUCAUUUUACAUACUGGGAUCAGAAUGAGCCCCUUCCUCCAUUCAACGUGACUCCAAGCUGUGUGUCUUUCUCUGGGACGACUGGACGAUGGCAUGUUAGGAACUGCACAGAAAAAUUUAAUUCUAUAUGCAAGAGGCUUGGAAAAGUAAACAAUGCUACCGCAUCUGACUCUGGGUGCCCCCUGGAAAAGAACUGGAAAAGACAUGGAGAAUACUGCUACCUCGUCAAUAACGAUGAAGUCACUUUUGAUGACAAAUGCAAUCUCACAAUUACAAACAAAUUUGAACAGGAAUUCCUAAACAGCUUAAUGAGAGAGCAAACUAAUUCAGAGGGGAAGUACUACUGGACAAAUCUAAAAGACACUGAUAAUUCCGGAGAAUAUUACUGGCAAACAGCAGCUGGGAAGAAAGACCUCUCCUAUUCCAACUGGAACACUCAUGAGCCAGCUUUUUCUGGAGAAUGUGUUGCAAUGGCUGGAGGAGAGUCUCUCGGAAAAUGGGAGGUCAAAGACUGUAAGAGUUUUAAAGCUCGGUCUAUAUAUAAGAAAGGCAUUGGAUCUGUCAAAGAAGAAGAUAUUCCAAAUCCCAAUGCUACCUGUCCUGAUGGCUGGUUCCCUGGAUCAGAAAUGUAUUGCUACAAAAUUUUCCACAAAGAGAGACUACUGAGGCAAAGAACCUGGGAGGAAGCUGAAGGAAUGUGUGAGGAGUUUGGUGGGAGUCUUGUCAGUUUCUCUCAUAUAAUGGAAAUGAAAGCGUUUCACUUUUUCUUAAAAUCAAGGUUGAGUGAAAAGCGAUGGAUUUGGGUCGGCUUGAAUAAAAGAAACUUGGGAAGCUGGGAGUGGAGUGACGGCCGCCCUAUCUCUUCAACUGUACUGGAGGAAUUUCAGGAAGAGGACUACUUCCUGCGAGACUGUGCUGCAUUGGAGAUUAAUGUGCCAAAGCAAAGGAAUGUGUGGACUUGGCAUUUUGAAAUAAUUCAUGAGCAGGAAUACAGUCUGCAGCCGUUCCACUGUGAUGCCGAACUGGAAUGGGUAUGCCAGGUUGCCAAAGGUGUCGUCCCGAAAACUCCAGAGUGGUAUCGGCCAGACUGGAAGAAUAAGGUGAACCCUUCAAUUGUUGUUGAUGGCUCAGAGUACUGGUUUGUGACGGAGCCAAAGCUCGGCCACAAAGCAGCUGAACUGUAUUGUGCUGUGAAUGGCAGUGAACUGGCAGUCAUUGACACCUCCAAUGCCCUGAAUGGUAUACAGCAGCACAUGAGGAUGCAAGCAGAUGAACUGAGAACGGUCAUGACGCAAAAGUGGUGGGUGAAAUCUGCAAAUGUUAGAAGUCACCACCAGUUUGUACUACACCGUGUCCUUGGGAGACCUUACGCUGACUGUUCCUUUGUUACAGCCCUAUCCUAUUUUCCAGACUAUUUCCAACGUAUUCUCUGCAACGAAAGACUCCCAUUUAUAUGUAAAAGCUCAAACAUCUCCCUGCUGGAAAUGGAGACAUCAAAACCAAACAAUUUCACUGGAAGUUGCCCCACAAACUGGACUGCAUAUGAAAACAAGUGCUUUUUAAAAGUCAAUCCAGUAUAUGUGAAGUUCUCUUCUGCAAAUGAGCUCUGCAUAAAAUAUGGCGGAACGCUUCCGACAAUUUCAAGCCAAAGUGACCAAG